AGCGAAGAAGACAGUACUGUUACUUCAAUCAAUGAUACAAGGACAGAACCGACCACUUCAUUAAGCACUCAAGUUGCCUCAAGCAAUAAUAACAAUAAUAAUAACGAUAGAAAAGGCGAAGGCGACAAUGAUUCACUUUAUCAACUGUUCACUUAUGGUCAAAAGAUAUGGAGUGAUCUGCAGACAUCUAGUGCACCAUCGACAAACGAUCCCGAUUAUCAGAGCAGUGUCAAGUCGGCAUUACUCUUCUUUAUGAAGGCUUCAAUGGCCAUUGAUCGACAGGCACUCUUCUCAAAGAAUGAAGAGAUCGAUGACAUUAGAACCGAUCUAUUAAAGUACCUCUUGGUACCAUACUACAUGUCAGAACUAUUUCAACAACAAGUUGAUGUUGAUCGUAUAAAGAACUUGAAGAGGUCAAAGGCCAAUCGAAGAAACGAGUUGAUCAAUAGAGGAAAGAGAGAGAAGGAGAUAAAACAAAAGUUAUCGUAUAUCAUUAGUAAACGUAUGGCAUUGAUAAAGGCACAGGGCAAUAAGGAUGGCUUUGACGAUGAGGCUGGAGACUGUGGCGAUGAGGAGGUGGAGAGAGAGUUUGCAAUGUUGUUACUCAAUGACGCGAUUGUAAAGACUGUGGCAAUGUUGGAAAUGAUGGACUCGGAGCUGACAAUGUUGGAGGAGAUUGACAAGAUCAAGUCGGCAAACAAUGGUGUCGUGCCCAAGCCUCCACCUCCCAAGCCAUCAAACAUUGGCAACUUCCAGAUACUACCCGAUGGGCGACAGAUCAUGCUGGACAAGGUGUUUAGGCCCAGUCACAUCCUGCCGACAAUCUCACCAGAGCAGGCUGCGCUGUGGGAGAUGCAGAAUGGCGGCAUGGCCCAGGGACCCGGAGGCGAGGCCAGCAAGAAGAAAGAGGACGACGACGAAGACCAAGACGAUGGCAAAGAGGAAGAUCUUGCCAAGCUCAAAAAGACACGUGAUUGGGACGAUUGGAAGGAUGACAAUCCAAGAGGAUGGGGUAAUCUU